AUGGCAAAACAUCAAACCACCUCUUUCAAUUUUAGAUCCUCUUGUUGCAUUCUUGUUUUUUUAUCAAUCUUUUCUUCCAUUCCUCUUCUCUAUUGGUCUUAUUCAAUUGGUUAUGGCUAUUGCCAUAAUCAAGUAGAAAGUAACAAAGAAAUGUUAUUAAUGGAACCAAUUAAUCUCCUACAAUACCGAAAAGCUUGGAACCCACUUGUUUUUUCAUCAAAACAACGUGAAACUAGACUUGUUAAAAUUGCUCUGUUUGUGAAGAAAUGGCCAGAAAAAAAUCAAGCUGGAGGUAUGGAACGACACGCGUUAACACUCUAUCUGGGCUUAGCUAAACGCGGACAUGACAUUCACAUCUUCACCACUACUUCUUCAUCCGCUAAUAUUCCAAGUAUGAUGAUGAAUAAUCUCCAUUUUCACAUCUCAAGGCCUAUAGGUUCGGGAUAUCUAAACCAAGUUGUUGCUUGGAAGCAAUUUUUAGAAGAAAACGCGACCAAGGCGUUUGAUGUGAUACAUUCAGAGAGUGUAGGGCUCAGACUAACGAGCAGAUUGAAUAAUUAUAACUUGAAUAAUCUUGCAGUUAGUUGGCAUGGAAUUGCUUAUGAGACUAUACAUUCUGAUAUCAUACAAGAACUUGUACGAGAUUCAUCGUCACAACAAGUGAUCAGUGAUGGAAAAAUGAUGAAGGUUGUUGAAGAGGUAAAGUUUUUUCAAUAUUAUGCUCACCACGUUGCCACGAGUGAUCACGUAGGAGAUGUACUUAAAAGGAUCUAUAUGAUCCCAGAAGAACGUGUUCAUAUAAUCCUAAAUGGCGUAGAUGAGGAGAUAUUUAAGCCAGAUGUUUCAAAAGGCAAUGAUUUUCGACUAAAAUUAGGUAUAGACCAAGAUAAAUCGAGUUCAUCAAUAAUCCUAGGGCUAUCUGGGAGGUUGGUUAAAGAUAAAGGACAUCCUUUAAUGUUUGAAGCUUUACAACAAAUUUUCAAGGAGAAUUCGACGUUUAAGGAUAGUGUAAUUGUACUAAUUGCUGGAAAUGGUCCAUGGGGUGAUCGAUACAAAGAGCUCGGAUCAAAUUUGAUGGUUUUAGGACCAUUGGAACGUGCUGAAUUGGCGAGUUUCUAUAAUGCAAUUGAUAUAUUUGUACAUCCAACUUUAAGAGCACAAGGUUUGGAUCAGGUACCAUUGGAAGCAUUUUUAACAGGUAAGCCUGUGAUGGCAACAAAACUUGCAAGUUUUACUGGUUCUGUCAUUGUCAACGAAGAUAUGGGCUAUACAUUUUCACCUACAGUAAGUGAAUUGAAGAAAGUUUUAUAUGAAGUUUGGGAAGGGGGAAAGAAAAUUUUGGAGAAAAAAGGCGGGUUUGCUAGGGAGAGGGGUUUGAAGUUGUUUACUGCAACCAAAAUGGUUGCGGCGUAUGAACGGCUAUUUCUUUGUAUCUCAGCUAACGAUCAACAACAACAACAACAGAAGCAUGAAGAUUAUUGUAUCUAUCAACCUGAUCAGGAGAUCGAUUGAUUUACAUAAGAUCGAAUGUAUGUUGAUAGGAAACGAAACUUGACUCAAACUCAAGAGGUCAGUCAGUUACAUCCAAGGUCCAUUUUUCAUUAUGAUAUUCAAGUUUUGAUCUUCUUAAUUCAUUGUUUAUUAGA